AUGUCUUUCAGAAACAAAAAUUUUUAUAGUGUGCUCGACCGAUUAAUUCCUUCUGAUAUAUUAAAUCAGGACUAUGAUAAAGAUUAUUUGGCUCGACGUAAUUUAUUGCAAGCGCGUGCCGUUAUUAUUGUUACAGUUUCAGUAUGCAUCGCUCUUCUUUUACAACUCCUAAUGGAUAUCUAUCUGAUAUUACUUAAUGGAUCAAUAAAUCAAUCUGAAUUUCCGUGGCCAAUUACUUUAUUCGGUACUACUCUUUAUGUUG